AUGCGCUGUGGACGUGGUGCUCGGAUGUGGUGCGUGGACGUGGUGCUCGGGCACGGUGCUCAACCGCAGUGCUUGAACAUGGGGGCGGGGGCGCUUUGUCCGUUUGUCCGAGACCCCCCCUCCCAGUUUUUUGGAGGGGGGUGUCCGUCUCCCCGCGUCUCCCUCUGUGUUCCCCCUUGUAACGGUACCGGUAAGUGCGGCCUGCGCCUCCUCACGCUCUUCCUGCGCCGUGGCACCUGGCGAAGCUUCACCUCGCAGACGGACGGGGAGGCCCGAGUGACCCGGGUCCUGCGGGAGAAAUUCCCCCGGGCAUCCGCCAUCAAAGUCGUGGAUAUAUCAGGAGGCUGCGGCGCCAUGUACGAAAUUCACAUCGAGUCGGAGGACUUCAGAGAGAAGCGAACGGUGCAGCAGCACCAGAUGGUUAACCAGGCGCUGAGCGAGGAGAUCAAGAGCAUGCACGGACUGCGCAUCUUCACCUCCACCCCCAAAGCUGGAUGCUGACCUGCCAAUAAAGGUGCUCUCACCCACCCA